AUGGUCUUGUGGCCGAUACUAUUAUUGCUACCAUUAUGUAUCGGCUCGAACAUACCAUGUGGGAAGUCGUUUCUGCCUUGUCCGAACGAGGAAUCCAAAUCCGAGACGCCGUUCAUACGUGAAAGCAAUCUUGUGCUUUCUCAUCGAAUCCCGGAUGGCUUGUUCUGGGUGGCAGCGAACGAAGCAAAAAAGGAGACACACGCCCUUUUCAACUACACUGACCCCGGCUUCACUCAGUCUGGACAUCCGUUGGCAUCGUCGGUAGAGCAGUGGACUCAAAUGCAUCACAUAGAUAGAAAAGCGGUCGAAAGGAGUAAAGCUGCUCACGCAUCCAUUGCCAUCACGAAGAGAUUAACACUGUUGGGAUUGCGAGAACGAGAACUUCGUUUCGGCAUUCUACCCAACCAGGUGGCGUCAUCUAUUGGAAAUUGUCCUAUACCAACACUAGAGGUGUGCCCUCCCACGUAUUACAGGUCGUACUCUGGUCUCUGCAACAAUGUGGCUCAGCCGGAAUGGGGCGCAAGUCACGCACCAUUCUCUCGAAUAUUGAAACCUGUCUAUGCAGACGGUGUUACGUCGCCUCGUGAAGCUGUCAGCGGCCGUCCUUUGCCACCAGUACGUGGUCUCUCUCUUACCCUGUUCAGUCCAGUGGCCGUCAGCCAUCCCACCGUAACCGCGCUGUUUGCGCACUGGAUGCAGUUUAUCUCUUCCGAUAUGGUCAAUAUUGUGGAGACACAGGCAUUGAUCGACGGUCGCGUACGUCCAUUCCCAUGUUGCCGCCAUGGCUUCACCCAUCCAGAAUGCAAUUCUAUUGAUAUUCCUACGGCUGAUCCAGCUUUCAGGGGCCGCUUGACAUGCCUGCCUCUUGCUCGCACCAUGGUCGCCCCGAAGCUUUCCUGUGCCCUUGGUCCUCGCGAACAAGUGAAUAUGGCAUCAUCAUACCUUGACGGUAGCGUCAUCUAUGGCUCUAGUCCAGAGCGAGCCAAACAGAUGCGCAGUUUUUCGCAAGGUGAGUUACAUCAAGUAAUUGUUACUGGUUAG